AUGGCCUCUGCUAUUCGGAAUUCCAAAUACACGAGUGCUCCUUACCCUGGAUUUGUGGGUUGUUUAACCAUUAAUGCAAAGGCUGUUCAUCUCGAAUACGUUUGGGCGGCUCUUCUUGUUUACGAUGCCCUUUCCCUGGUAUUCGUUGUGAUCCCUGGACUACAAUUAUACCGCCACGGGAUAAUGGGUCACUCUCGUUUGUCCAAUGUAGUUUUCCGGGAUGGAGUGAUCUACUAUAUCACACUUUUCAUCUUCUCGCUUCUCAACAUUAUUUUUACUGUUUCCCUACCCGUCGCGACUCGCUCAUCCCUGGCAACUAUGGGCAGAACUCUACACUCCACGCUUGCCAGUCGUGUCCUGCUCCACAUGCGAGACACAGUAAGCAGACGUGAUGAGGUGGGCGCAGACCGCAACCACGGCCGUGGUCCCAAUGUGCACAUCACAAGGACAACCCACCACGAUCAUCUAGAGGCCGACGACGCGCAGGCGUUCACGCAGACAACCACAUAUGGCAGCGACAUUUUGGCCAAGGAUUAA